CUCUUUCCCUGUUUCUGAGAUUUUCUUCGGCUUUUUUCCCUGUCUGUCUGUCCGUCUGUCUCUGUGUCGCAGAUCUCGAAGAAAGUUUACUCAAUCGAUUCAAAGUUUGUGUGUGUGUUUGAUUGUUUCUACGAUGGCGUCGGGGCAAGCAGAAUUUGAUUACUUGUUCAAAGUGUUAUUGAUCGGAGAUUCCGGUGUUGGGAAAAGCUCUCUCUUGUUGAGUUUCACAUCUAAUACCUUUGAUGAUCUUUCUCCCACUAUCGGUGUGGAUUUUAAGGUUAAGUAUCUUACCAUUGGAGACAAGAAACUCAAGCUUGCCAUUUGGGAUACAGCUGGGCAAGAGAGGUUUAGGACGCUAACAAGUUCAUAUUACAGAGGAGCUCAGGGCAUAAUAAUGGUGUAUGAUGUGACACGACGAGACACAUUCACAAAUCUAUCAGAUAUAUGGGCCAAGGAAAUCGACCUGUACUCCACUAAUCAGGAUUGCAUCAAGAUGCUUGUUGGCAAUAAAGUCGACAAGGAGAGUGAAAGAGCUGUCUCUAAAAAAGAAGGCAUUGACUUUGCUCGGGAGUACGGAUGUUUGUUUCUCGAGUGUAGUGCAAAGACUCGUGUCAACGUUGAGCAAUGUUUCGAAGAGCUUGUUCUUAAGAUUUUGGAAACGCCUAGUCUUACUGCUGAAGGUUCGUCUGGAAGGAAGAAGAACAUCUUCAAACAGAACCCAGCACAAACAAGCAGUGCUUCAUCGAGCUACUGCUGCUCUUCUUAGACAUGGGCUUUUACGGUUUAUGACGCAAAGUACACUCUUGUUUGUCUUCUUGUUCUCGGUUUCUCUGUUUCCAAAAAAUACUGCAGCAUCUUGGAUGUAAAAAAUCUUAACCCUGUUUCAACGUUGUGUUCCUGGUUUUCUAGUCUGGGACCGUCUUAUUCAAAACAAAAUGUUCUUUUUUA